CAGGGUUUCUCUGUGUAGCUUUGCGCCUUUCCUGGGACUCACUUGGUAGCCCAGGCUGGCCUCGAACUCACAGAGAUCCGCCUGGCUCUGCCUCCCGAGUGCUGGGAUUAAAGGCGUGCGCCACCACCGCCCGGCUUUGCCAAUCAUUUUUAUACAUUUUGUACUGUUUAAGAGUUUUGUAAUUUACAGGGAGGUAAAUAGACCCCUUUCCUCCAGAUCCAUCACUUUAUGGUACACCAAACCGAGCUGCAAAAGAGUAGCACGCUUGUCUGCGUUGUGUUUAUUACAGAAGUCUAGGGUAACCUAACAUUAGCUGACCAGUCGCUGUAACUCAGUGUCAGGGCUACGGUGUAGUUCAGUCGUAGAGUACUUACUUGCUUAGCACGUGGGGCUCAGAUCAAGUCCCAACCCUGAAAGAAAGAAGAAAAACCCAGAAUGCUAAUAAAAGGGAAAAUAGGUGAUUACUUCACUAGUAGCUAAGAAAAAGGCUUCUAAAAAACUGGCAUCCAUUCCUUCCUAAAAACACUUCAGUACAGUAGGAAUCAGGGGAAACUACCUAGAUGUGAACCGGCGUAAGACCAGCAAAGCACCAGCUGAAGGGUAAAGGCCUGAGUCCGAGGCAGGCGCUACAACAGUCACUUCUGGCCCAGGAGGUUCAUAGACCCAGGGUUUGUGAUGGACAGAGGGAAGAUCUCUAUUUCCAGAUGAAACAGACCUAGCAAAUCUAAGAUACGUAUUUGCAAAACGAAUGGCCCAGCAAGAAAGUGGCAUUGCACUCUUCUCAUCCUGCCCAGCUUUCUCUGGUGAGAGUGAGCAGGUCUGAGGAUGCUGACAUUUGGAAGUGUCCCCGAGGAAAGACAUUUUAGUCUACUUGUUGUCUCUCUACACACCUCCCUCCCUCCCACUGUUAAUGUAAAGGAGCAUCCAGGGGUCACCAGAGAUGCACUCAGAGCAGCCAGGCAGCCAGUGAUAGAAGAGGAACCAUAAGGACCAAAUAGUUCAAGAAAGAAGAAAACUAAAAUGCAAAUAAGUCAGAAGUCAGAAGUCCAAUGUCCGUAAACACUUAAAAGGUAGAGUAUGAAGAAUAGAUAGGAGUAGAGAACAGGAAAGGGCUUCUGGAGGCUUACAGAAAUACUUGGAGGAACCUCCAUAAACACUGGAUUUGAGGUGUAUUAAGGCGAGAGAACCGCGUUUUUUAAAUCCCAAAUUUCUGUCAACUUUGUUUUUGUUAAGCUGUUGAGAUGGUGUCUUUGUUGUACAGGACUGACAACUCUAGCUGGCCUUGAACUCAGAUCCUCCAGCUCCUCCUUCUGAGUACUGGGGUUAUAGGCACAGAUUAUCACAUCAGACUACAUUUACCUAAAAAUUCUAAUGGAUGCCUUGUACUCUUUUUGACUGUGGAAAUUUACUAUAACAAAAUUAAAUUAGGUACUGUAUUAGUUCCUUUUCUAUUGUUUUGAUGAAACAUCGUGACCAAGGCAACUUAUAGAAGAGUUUAUUUUGGCUUAAGGUUCCUUAAGGAUGAGAGUCAUGAUGGCCGAGUGCAGGCAUGAUGGCUGGACCAGGAAGCAGGAAGUGGGCAGAGUGCAGGCAUGAUGGCUGGAAUAGGAAGCAGGAAGUGGGCAGAGGGCAGGCAUGAUGGCUGGACCAGGAAGUGGGCAGAGUGCAGGUAUGAUGGCUGGACCAGGAAAUGGGCAGAGUGCAGGCAUGAUGGCUGGACCAGGAAGUGGGCAGAGGGCAGGCAUGAUAGCUGAAACAGGAAGUGGGCAGAGGGCAGGCAUGAUGGCUGGACCAGGAAGUGGGCAGAGUGCAGGCAUGACAGCUGGACCAGGAAGUGGGCAGAGUGCAGGCAUGACAGCUGGACCAGGAAGUGGGCAGAGUGCAGGCAUGAUAGCUGGACCAGGAAGUGGGCAGAGGGCAGGUCUGAUGGUUGGACCAGAAAGUGGACAGAUUGCAGGGAUGAUAGCUGGACCAGGAAGUGGGCAGAGGGCAGGUCUGAUGGCUGGACCAGGAAGUGGGCAGAGUGCAGGCAUGAUUGCUGGACCAGGAAAUGGGCAGAGGGCAGGCAUGAUGGCUGGACCAGGAAGUGGGCAGAGUGCAGGCAUGAUGGCUGGACCAGGAAGUGGGCAGAGGGCAGGCAUGAUGGCUGGACCAGGAAGUGGGCAGAGGGCAGGCAUGAUGGCUGGACCAGGAAGUAGGCAGAGUGCAGGCAUGAUGGCUGGACCAGGAAGUGGGCAGAGUGUAGGUAUGAUGGCUGGACCAGGAAAUGGGCAGAGUGCAGGCAUGAUGGCUGGACCAGGAAGUGGGCAGAGGGCAGGCAUGAUAGCUGAAACAGGAAGUGGGCAGAGGGCAGGCAUGAUGGCUGGACCAGGAAGUGGGCAGAGUGCAGGCAUGAUAGCUGGACCAGGAAGUGGGCAGAGGGCAGGUCUGAUGGUUGGACCAGGAAGUGGGCAGAGUGCAGGGAUGAUAGCUGGACCAGGAAGUGGGCAGAGUGCAGGCAUGAUGGCUGAAACAGGAAGUGGGCAGAGGGCAGGCAUGAUGGCUGGACCAGGAAGUGGGCAGAGGGCAGGCAUGAUGGCUGGACCAGGAAGCUGAGAAUUUACAUCUGGCAAACUUGGCAAACCAAGCCGAGGGAGCAAACUAGAAAUGGUGAGAUUCUUUAAACUCUCCAGUCCUGCCCCCGUUACAGACUUCUUCCAGCAAGGCCACACACCUGCCUCCCCAGCAGCACCACCAACUGCAGACUAAGGCCACUUGUUAGUCAAAUUCACACUCACCACAAAUAAGAAAAGGAGUCUUUAAGUCUGAAGUUUUUAUUUGUGGAAGAGGAUUUUAUUUCUUGUUGGCUGCUCAUGAGCAGGAAUGCCUGAUGGGAAAUUUUGGAACAUUGGUUUGGUAUUCUGGGCAGGCAUUACUAAAUGAGUACUGUUUAAAUGUAUCUUAUAGUUUUGUUUUGAGAAUAGCUUUAUGUAGCCUCACCCGGCUUUAAACUCACUGUGUUCCUGGGCAUGACCUUGACCUCUUGCCCUCACCUCCUAAGUGCUGAGAUUGAAGGCCCAGCAUUUCUCUUAUACUGUAUUUUUUGAAGGGUAGCCCUUUAUUGCUUGUGUGUGAGUAUGUGCACCACAGUGUGAGGUUAGAGGAACUUGACGAGGUUGGUUCUCUCCACCUUUAUGUAGGUUACAGGGAUUGAACUCAGGUUGUCAGAUUGUUGGGCGGCAAGUGCUUUUAUCCACUGAGCCCUCUUGCCUGCCUGCCUCUCCUACUCUUCAUGGAGCAAUUCAGUGUCGUUCUUGAACGCACAGGCUAUGGCAUUUGCCCUGCUCGAUUCCCUUCUCUCUCUCACUCUCUCUUCCUUACCAGCAAUGCAGAGUGGAGUUAGUAGAGCCUGUUGCUGGGCCAUGCAUUCGAUUAAAUGAUCGGAGCGAUGUACCACCUUAUACAGUGUUCGUCUUAUGUUAGGAUGAGUGCUUAGAUAUAGAUGGUCAAGAAGAUACGUUACCAAGUGUCAGAUAUGGCACUGGCGAGUGAACAGGUCGUCCUAGCUGGCCAUGCACCAGAGCGUCCUGUUGCCAGUCCACCGGCAUCCACCCUUGUUUCUGGCACUAAGAAUCUGUCCAGGGAAUUAAUGAAGAACCCUUUCAUUGUGACUUUCGUUUGUAGGGCUGUACUCUAGCUCUGGUGUUGAUGUCUGACAAUUAAAGAUGGCAUGUUAGUGUGUUUAUAGACAGACCUGAAGUUUUCCUAAACUUACGUAUUCCAU